CCUCAUAUAAUGAAUCCAUGCAAAAAAUUUCAAUGUUGCAAUAUAAAGUAGCACAAAUAUCUAUACAUUCUAAUAAAUUCAAUCCUAUCCUUAGUGGUGGCAAACUAUUUCAACAGUGGGUUGUUGAUUCCUACUUACAAGUAGAAGCCAAUAAUCUAAACUAUAUUAAGACAAAUCAAAAGAAAUUAAGAGUUGAACAGUACAAGGGUCUUAUUGAUUAUUUGAAUAUACAGACUACCGAAGUAGUAGGCAGGCCUGUUAUAUUACCAUCAACAUUCCAAGGUUCACCAAGGAAUAUGAGAGAAAGGUACCAUGAUGCCAUGUCAAUGGUAACUAAGUUUGGUAAACCCGAUUUAUUCAUAACUAUGACAUGUAAUCCUAACUGGAAAGAAAUUAGAGAUCAAUUAUUACCUGGACAGCAACCAUGUGAUCGACCUGAUUUAGUAGCAAGAGUAUUCAAACUCAAGCUAGAAGCAUUAAGGACAGACAUAAUAAAAAAUAAGAUCUUUGGGAAUGUAAAAGCACAUGUAUACACAAUUGAGUUCCAGAAAAGGGGAUUACCACAUGCACACAUGUUGUUCAUAUUGGAGCAUAAGGUAGAUACAGUAGAAAUGAUUGAUAAGAUUGUAAGUGCAGAAAUACCAAAGACAAAUGAAGAUGAAAGAUUACAUAACUUGGUUAUGAAACAUAUGAUUCAUGGUCCCUGUGGGUCUGCGAAUCCCAAUGCACCGUGUAUGGAAAAUGGAAUAUGUACAAAGGGAUUUUCUAAAGAAUUUAAUACACACACAAAGAUCACAGAAGGCUAUCCAGUUUAUAGAAGAAGAG